CACACGCCCAUACACAUGUGCACAUGCUAUUGCCCAUGUUUUCCAGAGCAGAGGUUUCAUCCCCUGGCCAGCAGCUGGAAGAAGUGCUGGGGGUGCCACACUCCUUUCAUGCUCCUGCCCCAAGGCAGGGGAAGGCUGAGUCCCAGCAGGGGAAGGGUCCCACACGGGUUUCAGCACCCUGGCCCAUGGCAUGUGGCGAACGCCGCUCCCAAGUGCAUGUGUUAAGAAGAUGCCAUCCCUGGGACGGGGUCUGGUGCUCAGCGUGGGCAACGCCAUAGUUGUUUGUGUGUGUCACAGCGGGAAGUGUGUGAACAGAAUAAAUUUAGCAGUCAAAACACAGGGCCAGCGUAGUCGGUCAUUAACUGCCAGCCCGUCUCGUCAUCCUGCGACCACAAGGAGCUUUUUUAGGGCCGGCGCCCCGGCGGAGGCCAGAGGAAGCGUGGGAGGCCAGUUCCCGGUGACACCUCCGCGCACGGCAGCGCUGCCCGCCGGUGUCAUUGGCUGCCCCUUGCCCAGGGCCGGCACCAGCCAGCGGUUAAAUGCCCGCACGGCCACACCGGGGGCACACAGCCCGGGGCAUCCCAACACAGGCAGCCAGCUUGCCCCGUCCCGAGCACCAGAGCAGACGCUGGCUUCCACCACACCUCAAGCCUCAGGGACCACAACCGACAUGAGGACAGCGUUUCUGGUGUUGCUCCUCUGGGCCAUAGCCUGCGCUCACCCUGUGCCUGGCCGUGAGCCUGCCCGCCCCAGCCACAGUGCCCAGCAGGAGGAGGAGGAUGCACGCGAUGCUGACGAUGGUGACAACAGAGAGCACCAUGGCACUGGAGUCAAUGGGCUUCCCUUCCGUGACGGUGGGCUCCUGGAUGAGGAGGAUGACAGUGGGGAUGACACCUUCGACGAGAACGGGGAAAAAGAGGAGGGUGAAGGUCCUACUUACGUGGCUGGUGCUGACGAGUCAGGCAAACACGGCUAUGACGCUGGCCGUGGGGAUGCCGGGGCUGGCAGAGGGCAUGGCGACAGCAGCAGCAGUAGCAGCAGUGAGAGCAUCGGGGUGGAGCACAGGCGGUACAGGAACUACCUUGGCAGCCGGUAUGAGCGGACCUACAAGUGGGGAGGGGGCAGCAGCAGCAGCCAGGAGGAGGAGAGCUACGACUUUGAGGAUGAAGCUAUGCAGGGUGAUGACCCCUCUGUCUUCGAUGGCCCGGGCAGCAGCUACAAGGGGCAUCGUGCUUGGCCCCGCACUGCGCGGAGCAGCCGAGAGAGCAGCCGAGGGGUUGGCUCCCACCAGUGGGAGGAGGGUGACAGCAGGUCCCCAGAGGUGGAGGACACUGACUCAGGAGAAGACAGCCCAUCCGUGGAGGACAACAGUCAGUCGGAAGAGCCUGUCACCAGUCAGUCAGAGGAAAACAGCGCCAGCCGCUCCAGGGAGGAUGGGGAGGACAGCCCCUCCAGGGAGGGCGAGGACAGCAAGUCCAGGGAGGGCACUGCUGAUCAGUCGGACGAAGAGCCAGGGGAGUCCCCAGAGGACAACUCCCAGGAGGUGGUGAGCACGUCAAGCGGGCGCAGCGGCAGUCAGUCCCAGGAAGGGCAAGAGGACCGGCAGUCUGCCGAGGACAGGAGUGCACCAUCCGCACCUGACAGCGAGUCUGGAGAGGAUGAGGGCGACCAGAGCAAGUCCAGGGAAGAUGAUGGCAACCAGAGCCAGUCUACAGAGGACACUGUGGAGGAGUCAAAGGAGGAUGAAAAUGACUCUGACCCUUAUGGAGAUGUGCCGAGCACGUCAGCCGAGAGCCAGAGCGCGUCCCCAGAGGAUGACGGCAGCCAAGAGGACAAUGCUGGUGAGGACAGCAGGUCCACAGAGAGCAACAACAGCGAGUCCCAGGAGGACGAGGACAAUGAGGAGAGCCACUCCCAGGAGGAUGCCACCCAUGAGUCCAGCAGCCGUGGGGACGACAGCUCGCCACAGAGCCUGGAGAGCGGGAGCCGCAAACGGCGGCUGGGUGCCUACCGCAACAAGCCUGCUGCUGACUACGAUGACAACGACUGCCAGGACGGGUACUGACGUGUGCCCUACAGCCUUGUUGGUGCUGGGGGUUACGGGGGGGCGGAGGGGUUUAAUUUAUUUGCUAUACAGCCUGGUUGACUUCUUCCUGAGAAGAAGCUGUGGAUAAAAUGGAGGCGGGUUUGCCAGGGCUCAACCUGGGCACACUACACAGGGCGCGAAGUGGGAGGUGACAUCAGGCACAGGGAAAACACCAAACCGCAGCGAGAAAAGCCAUUUCCUAUAUCAAACCAGAGAGCAGCCAAGAGCUGUGAGUGCCAGCAGGGCGAUGCUGCCCGCUUGCCACAAGGGCACAGUGGUGGCUUGGCACUCCAGGAGCUGCGCCUGGGCACGCUGGGCAGAAAGGUCCCUGCGUUCACCCCUCGUAUUUACCUACCACUGCCCUAAGAGCGUCUGCCCAGACUCCAAUGGGAGCUUUCUGUUAGCGCCACAUCCUGCACAUAAGGAAGAAAAGCUACCGCUGGUGUGUCCAUGUGAUGCGUGGGCUCAGCGGUGCGUGAAGUACCACUUCAAGAUGGGAUGUAUGUAAUAUUUUGUAAGAAAUGUACAGAAAACUUUAUAUUGUAUCCUUUUUGCAUUUGUAUUUCAAAGCUGA